AUGUUUAGGAAGAAGCGCGUCUUGGAGGUGUUGGUUGCGACGCUGGUGCUGUGGCUUUUGAGUUUGCAUCCGGCCGCUUCGCCGCCCAGUUCGCGUCGUCAGGCCGCGUUCUACACCUAUGUUCCCAACGUGGACUCUCCACGUCAGCUGCUCCGGACGGUUUACUCUGUCGAAGCGGCUUUCAACAAACGGUACCAGUACGACUGGGUUUUUGCAUACUAUGCGGAUCACGAGAUGCCUGCGGUGGUGAAAUCGCGGCUGGAGAAGCUGUGUUCUGGCCGGGCGAUCUUCGAGCGGAUCGAGUCUCCAGACUACAGUCUGCCCGAGUCGGUCGACCCCAAGGGUCUGAAAGAUUCGCUCAGACACUCUGCCCUGCAGUCGCCAUUUUCCAAGUUUCUACAGUACAAGCUGAAGAACAGGUUCAACACGUACGGGUUCCAGUUUCUUCCGUCUCUACUCAACUAUCGGUACUAUUGCAACGUUGAGGUUGGCACAGAGCUGGCCUGUGACAUCCCCUACGAUUUUUUCAAACAUAUACAGUCGCAGCGGCAGAUCUACGGGUUCGCGAAUGCGCCGGUCGACUCCAACACGAUCACCAAGAAGCUGGCUCCUUUGGUGCAGCAGUUCGCCGAGUCUGCCAACGACACGUUGCUGAUGCGGUAUGUCUUCGAGGACGGCUACACUGGGUGCAGUUUUGAUUCGAAUUUCGAGGUGGCUGAUCUGGACUUUUUCCGGUCGAAAGAGUACGCUGCUGUGUUUCGUCAGGUGGACGAGACCAACGGGUUCUUUGUGGAUCGCUGGACAGACUAUCACGUCAAGACUCUUGCUAUCUCGCUGCUUGUGCCGCCCAACAAGCUGUUUUGGCUCGACAAGACCGGGUUUUCAGGGCUUCUGGGCCGCACCACGUGUCCGUUGGAGGAAGAAGUGCGCACAGAGAACCAUUGCGCUUGUGACCCGGCCAACGACUACGCUUUCUCCAGCAACAGCGGGCUGCGCCGGCUGUUCCAUCUGCUGGACUGGCCAUUGCCGCAGUCGGUGCCCCCAACCGAAGAAACCCAGCUGCUGCCCAAAUACCGCAACAAGCUCAAGUCCCGCACGGACGCGUACCCACUCACGGUGGAGUACCAGACAAAAGACCCGUGGUUCAAGGAGGUGUUCAUGGCGAUACCAGCGCAUAGAAAAGACACCACAUCAUGA